GUGGCAACGCUUGCUGGCGCCGCACACUUCACGUCGCUGUGACGCAAAAUCAAAACAUUCUGCUGUGGGGGAAUUUUUGUUACCCAAAAAUAUGCCGCUUGUUGUUGCUGCUGCUGCUGCUGGAAAUAAACGAGGCAACGUAAUGUGGUGUACGUGUACUUGCAACCCCCAAGGAGUCACCACACUACUACUGCAUUGCAGUUGUUGUCGUUACAUGCGGCAAAUGUGCGCUAAAAACACAUUGUAAAUAUUAAAUUUUGAAGUAGCGCUCGAUAUGCGCAAGAACAACGAUAGCGAUACCUGAAAAAUCCAAUUACAAUAAAAAGACAACGUCACGCUUCCGUCCACAACGAAUACUACAACACAAAGAACAAAGUGCAAGGUGCAAGUUACAAGUUGAUAAUUUGGAGUUGCAAUCGAUGCCACACUGUCACACCAUGGUCUAUAUGCGAAUUGUGCUCACAACCUUGGUGACGAUAACGUGCCUGCUCGGUGACAAUUUCGUGGAGCUGACACAGCACCCGCUCCUGAAAGCGUUGGCCGACAAUGCGACACAUGCGGCAAUUGGCGCCUUGACGGGCAUCGCAUUUGCCAUGCAAUUCUAUGAGCGCACCAGCCAGCUGAUGGGCUGGAUAUUGAUUUUCAGCUGCUUUGUGGUGUCGUCGUUUAUCGAUCUGGAUCACUUUGUGGAGGCGCGUUCUCUCUACUUGGAGGAUGCCACCAAUCUGUCGCGACGUCCGUUUCUGCACUGCUCCAGCAUCAUACUGGCCAUGCUGUUGCUCUACAUAUGCACCGCUUGCCUCAAUUACUUCCGCAGCAGCCUGUUAUUAGGCGCACUGCUCUGUGCCUUCAUUACGCAUCACACCAGGGAUGCGGUGAGGCGUGGCUACUGGCUGUGGCCCUUCUACGAGCACACGGAUCGUUUGCCGCAGUUGGCCUACAUUGUGAUUACGGUACUGACGCCAUAUCUAUUAGGUUAUCUGCAUAAUGUUUGUCGCAGCGCCUUUGUGCUCAACUUUUUGGGUCAAUAUGUUAAGCUUAGUGAAUGCAACUAUCGCAAUGGAGGCGGUGGCGGUGUUGGGGGCUCAACUGCCAACUACCGUUAUCUGCAGGUAUAAGUUUUGUGAUACUCGGACUAAUGGAACUAAGAUAUAUUUCAUAUACAAAACACAUAAAUGCUUACUUAGGCUUCAAGCUCAAUUAGAUUAGCUUUAAGCAAAAGAAAAACUUAAAUACUUCCACAUUACAGGACACAAUUUUAUUAACGAUACGAGCAAAAUACUUAUUUGAUCUUAUAACUUAGGCAUACACAUAAUAUUAUACGAGUACCUUUAGGAGUAUUUUCAAUAUUAACUAGUGUAGUUUUUUACUAGAACUCAAAUCGAAAAAACACGUACACAGAUAAUAUCCAGAUAUUGUGAUAUUUGUAGCAUAAGCAUCGAAGAGUAGGUUAGACAAACUGAAGCAUAGCGCACAAAACUAAUCGAUUUUCAAACUUCCAAUUUAAAUGAGAUUUAUUCAAUUUUAAACGUAGGCAAACAAAAUAAAACUAAACUAAUGAAACUAAUUGUUAAUUAUGUAAUUAAUUAAACAAUCAAUAAUGUGCUAAUAAAUUCGCCUUGUAAACACAAACGGCAAAAAAAGUAU